AUGUUAAAAAGUUUGUGUAUUUUGUGAUUCUGAAGUGUUUUGUGUUUAUUUACGGUGGUGAACUGCAUUAUGGGAUGUUGAACUCUGCUUUGUCCACUUCUGAUGGUGGAAAUACAACUAUACAGUUUAACACAGUGACUUUUAAUGACUUUUUAGUGGUUUGAAAUAAUAUGUAGAGAAGAAAGUCUGUAAAAUAACAGAGAAGGGCACUGCUCCCCACUCAGAAAUCUGACUCAAGUCACAUUAACCCCAUUUUUUAUUCGGUGGAGGCAACGGGCUGCCAAAAAAAAACAAAAAAAAAACAAUCUGCGAAAUUACGCACGGUGACGCGCGCGAAAAUAUCAACGAAAGUAUUUCAUUUCAUUUCAUUUCAUUUCUUAUUUUUGCCUAUUUGUUCCCGUGGACAAAAUCUAAAGUUACGCUGAACAGUCGGUCACGUGUGCUCUCCGACAAUACCGGGCGGUGUCCUCCGGUGUAUCCCUGACGGACCGCGCGUCUCCAUCAUCUCCUUAAUCAUCUCCAGCGGGUCCUCCAUCAUGUCAGACCAGCCUUCCUCUCCUUCGUCCGGCCACAAACCCAGCCUCCGCCCGCCUGGCUCGGGUUCCGGGGCCGGGGCUUCUCAGAGUCGCUUCCAGGUGGACCCAGUGGCGGACUCCGGCGCUCCUAAAUCCAGCGAGGAGCCCAAGAGCCGGUCCCGUGUGGUGAACUUCUGGAACCCGUCUGACGGCGCUGCUGACCCGGGGCUGAACGGAGAUACAGUGCGCAGCGAGGCCAGCCUGCACUCGUCCACAGGUGGACUGUCGCAUUUCUCGGACACGCACUCCAGCACUUACUACCUGCGCACCUUCGGGCACAACACCAUCGAUGCGGUGCCCAACAUCGAAUUCUACCGGCAGACGGAGGCUCCUCUGGGGGAGAAACUUCUGCGCCCCUCGCUGGCGGAGCUUCAUGAUGAGCUGGACAAGGAGCCGUUUGAGGAGGGUUUCCCCACCGCUGAGGAGCUGACGGCCGCUGAGAUCCUCACACCUAAAGACCUGUCCGACUCUAAAGGAGGAACGGUCAAAUUCGGCUGGGUUAAAGGAGUGCUGAUACGAUGCAUGCUGAACAUCUGGGGGGUGAUGCUCUUCAUCCGCAUGUCAUGGAUUGUGGGUCAAGCCGGCAUCGCUUUGUCCUGUGGCAUCAUCCUCAUGGCUAUAGUCGUGACAACCAUCACUGGACUCUCCACAUCUGCAAUCGCCACCAAUGGAUUCGUGCGCGGAGGUGGUGCAUAUUACCUGAUCUCCAGGAGUUUGGGUCCAGAGUUUGGAGGAUCCAUCGGGCUGAUCUUUGCCUUCGCUAAUGCCGUGGCUGUGGCCAUGUAUGUGGUGGGCUUUGCAGAAACCGUUGUUGAACUUCUUGAUAGUAUCGACGCUCUGAUGACUGAUGAGAUCAAUGACAUCAGGAUUGUGGGAACGCUGACGGUCAUUUUACUGCUCGGAAUCUCAGUUGCUGGGAUGGAGUGGGAGGCCAAGGCUCAGAUUGUGUUACUGGUGAUUCUUCUGGCGGCCAUUGUCAACUAUUUCAUCGGAUCCAUCAUUCCCAUGAAGUCAAAGGAAUCCAGGGGUUUCUUCGGUUAUAGCGCUGCCAUAAUGAUGGAGAACAUGGGUCCAGAUUUCAGAGAGGAGGAAACCUUCUUCUCUGUCUUCGCCAUCUUCUUUCCGGCCGCGACAGGAAUCCUGGCAGGAGCAAACAUAUCUGGAGAUCUGGCG